AGCGCUGCUGUGAGAACUUGUACAAAUGAAGAGUGUGUUAGAAUUGUGCGAAUUGUGACCGGUUGUGUUUACUUCUAUGCAGACCGAAAGGGUAGAGGCGUGAGUCGGAGGAGGUGAUACGAGCAUGUGUGAUCAUUGCUUAUAAACUGCAUUAGUUAGCAAUGGAAAAUCGCCCAACCUCAAUAAAAACAAACUGCAAAACAUCGGACAGUUUUUACUCUAUUAAUGAACGACCAGUAGACGACAUAUCCAUAGAAUUGUUCUAUAGACCUCAUACAAUAACAUUAUUAGCCGUUUCAAUAGGUGCAGUGAUUUAUUCCGCGUUUACAAGACAUGAAGGUGAUGUUCAAGACAACAUAUGGGCCGGAAUAUGUUGUGUUAUUUUUUUCUUCUUGAUAAUAUCAGUCCUAGCUUUUCCAAAUGGGCCAUUUACAAGGCCCCACCCAGCAGUUUGGCGGAUAGUAUUUGGAAUGAGUGUUCUGUAUCUUCUUGGGCUGCUUUUCCUCUUAUUUCAAAGUUAUAAAACAGUAAAUGGAAUUAUGGUAUGGAUUGACCCAUCUCUAAAGGAUUUCCACAUUGAUAUGGACAAGGAAUAUGGUGUGAACUGCUCAGAUAUUACUAUUGAAAGAGUCUGGAGUCAUCUGGAUGCAUUUGCCUGGGGACACUUUCUGGGCUGGAUGUUUAAGGCUAUAUUAGUUCGACAUUUUGGCAUAUUAUGGGCCAUAAGUGUUAUGUGGGAAUUCACAGAGAUUGCAUUUGCUCACCUAUUACCAAAUUUUAUUGAAUGUUGGUGGGAUGCACUCAUUCUGGAUGUACUGGUUUGCAAUGGACUGGGCAUUUGGGUUGGUCUUCAGAUAUGCAAAUGCCUUGAAAUGAGGGAGUACAAGUGGGUUAGCAUCAGGGACAUCCACUCAACAUCAGGCAAGAUAAAGCGAGCAGUGCUACAGUUUACUCCAGGGAGUUGGACGCAUAUACGUUGGCUUGACCCAACAUGCACAUAUAUGCGAUUCUUUGCACUGUGCCAAAUGGUCAUCUUCUGGCAAGUGUCUGAGCUCAACACUUUCUUCUUGAAGCAUAUCUUUGAGAUGCCACCUUCCCAUCCUCUUGUUGUGGCAAGACUCAUUCUUAUUGGUGUCAUUGUAGCUCCGUCAGUGAGGCAGUACUACAGCUAUGUGACAGACACUCAGUGCAAGCGAGUGGGGACACAAUGCUGGGUAUAUGGAGCCAUCAUGGUCACAGAGGCGCUCCUUUGCAUAAAGAAUGGCAAAGAACUGUUUGAGAGAACACAGGCCAUCAAUAUUAUAAUCUGGCUACUACUACAGCUGCUGCUGUCUGUUCUGUGUGUCUAUGGAUGUGUACUCUGGCAUAAGUACUUCCAGAAUGAGGAUGACAUGUCACGGGAAUCAUCCCCUUGCAAAUCUCCUGACACAGGCAUUGAGGAACAAGGAACAGAGCUGUGUCAUAAAUAACAAGAAACAGAAUCACUUCAUAAUUCUGAGGAAAUAGGUUCCAUGCAUGGUAAUAUGCCAGAGUCUGAGGACAUUAAGAAGAGGAGUGUGACAUUUCACAAUGGUGGUGCUGAGUCAUUCUAACAAGCUAGAGCUUACAUUUAGUUCUGAGAUAGCAAAGUCAUACGUCAUGAAGCUGUGAUCGGGUGUUUGCCCCAAGCUGUACACCUGUCAUCUGUGAUACUCCUAAAGAGGCCAGUACAGAUGCAUGUUAUGGAGGAACUUUUCAGAUUAAUUAAAUAAUAUGCAAAAUAUUAGCACUAUUAGUCCUUACAGGAAAUCAGAUAUAUUUCAUAGCUAGAGUUCCAAGAGAUGCAAGAUUUUUGUUUCUAGUUGCCAAUGGUGACAGAUGCCAUAUAAGGAGAGGAAUGUGAUUAUUUGAAUUUAAGUAUCCUGUCAUAAUACUCAUAUUUCCUAAAAGACAUCCAUCCAUGUAUCUCAUGUCAUGAUUUGCCACAGCAGCUGUAUGUCGUGUGAUAACAUUAAUAUUGUUGCUUUGUCGUCAUAGUAUUUUGCCCGUAAGUGAAUGGGAGCCUCUUGUGGGUACAAAUGUCUUUUGUGAUUUCUAUAAAAUUGUAUCUAGUUUAUUUAAGUGUUUUAUUUAAAAUAUGAAAAGUUGUUUGUGUACUCUGUUUAGACUGCAUUUUAAUGAAUAAGAUUUUAGUGUUGCAUUGUGAAUGCAAUUCUGAGUACAGUAGCAUCCAUGUGUAUAUAGUGACAAAAGUUACAGAAUAUUGUGUUUCAUGUUAUGUAAAACUGUUCCACUGGCUAAACAGUAAGCAAUUUUUAAAUUAACCCCCCACUCUCCAAUAAAGGGUGCCGGAAUAGCGUAGUCAGUAUAGCGACUGGCUAUGGGCUGGACAACUGAAGGGUUGGAGCUUGAGUCCCAGUAG